AUGGCUCUUUUGGUUCUUCUCGGGCUCUCCGUAUGGACCUGCUGCGCGCACCUCGGAUACUGCGCCCUCGUCCGAUCUGAAGCGGAUUUUACACAAGCGGCUGGGCGAGGGAACUCGGCACCGGGGGUCCCGGUAGUGGGGGACCGGGAGCGGCUGUCCCAGGACACUGUGACGGAGCACAUGCACAUGCUGUACGACAAGUACAACAAGGCGGGGUUCCCUUUCAAGGAUGGGAACACGGUGCGCAGCUUUAAGGCGCAUUGGGGCGUGAUCAACAAGAAACAGCUUCAGAUCUUCAACUUGACGUCCCUCACCAAGUCCGAGGACGUCCUCUCUGCUACGCUGCACUACUACAUCGGAGACCUCCACAAUGGCAGCCGAUCUUGCUCCGGCUCUCGAGGCUGCGCGCUCCACGGCCCGCGCAGGCACAGCCACAUCCACGCCGUCAUCUGGAGCUUUGCUCCAGAGGUCGAUCGGAUGAGGACUCUGGGCCAGUUCCGCAUCAACGUGUCCACGCACUACCGGGACUUCAUCUCCUGGCAGUGGAAGGACAUCACCCGGGUGGUGAACCAGGCCAAGGCGCACCACCAGCUCCUAAUCGGCAUCGAGGUGGCCUCGCGGGGACCCCGGCCCUGGAAGGAGCUCUUGGCCAACCGCUCCCCUUACAUCCUGGUGUACGCCAAUGACUCGGCCAUCUCGGAGCCUGAGAGUGUUGUAGCCACCCUCCGGAGGAACCCCUCAGCGAAAGAUCUGAAAGCGGGGCAACGAGGGCGGAACGCCACAGAAGCGCAGAGGAGCUCGUCCAGACCCAAGCGUUCCGUCAAUGUCCUGCUCCCCCUACAGAACAACGAGCUCCCCGGACCCGAGUACCCCUACGAGACCACCGGUUGGGACGAGUCCAGUCCCUACGAACCCUUCCAGAGCAAGCAGGCUCGCCGGCCCUCGCGCAAAAAGAGCCGCAAGAACCCGAGGCACAAGAUGCCCCUGCUGCAGUUUGACGAGCACACCAUUAAGAAGGCCCGGAAGAAGCAAUGGAACGAGCCCCGGAACUGUGCGCGUCGCUACCUCAAAGUGGACUUUGCCGACAUCGGCUGGAGCGAGUGGAUUAUUUCGCCAAAGUCUUUUGACGCCUACUAUUGCUCCGGGUCCUGCCAGUUCCCCAUGCCCAAGGCGCUGAAGCCUUCGAACCAUGCAACCAUCCAGAGCAUCGUGCGGGCGGUCGGUGUGGUGCCCGGCAUCCCGGAGCCAUGCUGCGUCCCGGAGAAAAUGUCAUCCCUCAGCAUCCUGUUUUUCGACGAGGACAAAAAUGUGGUGCUCAAGGUUUACCCCAACAUGACGGUGGAUUCGUGCGCGUGCAGAUAG